UGUCAACUCAUACUUCGCUUGCAGCACCUGAGUUACCGACUCUACUGCUGAGUCACCGUCGCUUGCCAAAUAUACAAUCCAGCUUUCAACUACAACCUUGCCGGCAAUCCCGGCCGGCCCGGCCAUGCCGGAAGAACAACUAGCUAGUAUUCAAGAGCCUGUUCUCUUUGAUUUGCUAGCUGUUUCUAGAGAACAUCAUCGAUCACCUGAGAAGAUAAGAACCGGCGAUCGCCAUGGGGGCGGUGACCAGCUCUUGUUGUGGAGAGGAGAAGGUCGGCACUCAAGGAUAUGUUGGAGCGCCAGAAAGCUCGUCAUGGAGGUUGUUUACUUAUAAGGAGCUCCAUGCAGCCACUAAUGGCUUCAACGAAGAUUACAAGCUUGGAGAAGGGGGCUUUGGAAGUGUGUAUUGGGGAAAGACUACUGAUGGUCUUCAGAUUGCAGUGAAGAAACUGAAAGCCAUGAACUCAAAAGCUGAGAUGGAAUUUGCUGUGGAGGUUGAGAUACUUGGAAGAGUGAGGCACAAGAACCUGUUGGGUCUUAGAGGAUACUGUGCUGGAGUUGAUCAAAGGCUUAUAGUAUAUGACUACAUGCCUAAUCUCAGCUUGCUUUCUCAUCUUCAUGGCCAAUUUGCUGAUGAAAUGCGAUUGGAUUGGAAGAAGAGAAUGGAUAUUAUUGUUGGAUCUGCUCGAGGCCUGAUGUACCUCCACCACGAGGCGGCUCCGCAUAUAAUCCACCGCGACAUAAAGGCCAGCAACGUCCUCCUCGACUCCGACUUCCAACCCCUCGUCGCCGACUUCGGCUUCGCCAAACUCAUUCCCGACGGCGUCAGCCACAUGACCACACGCGUCAAAGGCACGCUCGGCUACCUCGCCCCCGAGUACGCCAUGUGGGGCAAAGUCUCCGAGAGCUGCGACGUCUACAGCUUCGGCAUUCUCCUCCUCGAGCUCGUCUCGGGCCGCAAGCCCAUCGAGAGGCUCCCCGGCGGCGUCAAACGCACCAUCACCGAAUGGGCCGAACCCCUCAUCUCUUCAGGCCGACUCUCCGACCUCAUCGACCCGCGCCUCAACGCCGAGUUCGACGCCGACGACCUCCGCCGCAUACUCCACGCCGCGGCCCGCAGCGUCCAGUCCGAUCCCGACAGGCGGCCCACCAUGAGACAGGUGCUGGAUAUUUUGUCCGGGGGUGGUAAUGGCGGUGUGUAUGGGCGGGUCGGAGGGGAGAGGAAUGUCGACGGUGGUGAUGAUGAGAUGAUGAAGGCGGUGAGUUAUGGUGAUCGGCAAGGCUCGUCGACGUUGAGAAUGGAGAGCAUAAAGUAUGGGCAGGAGUUGAUGGCCAUGGAUGAUGAUGAUAGCAAUGACGGGGAUGUGGAGGAUGAGGAUGGGGAGAGGGAGACGGAGACGACGAGUGCGAGCAGCUUUGAAUUGGGUGGUGGUGGUCGAGUGGCGGUGCAGAGGAUGAGGGAGAGCACUUAUGGGCAGUAUGAUACAGCGAUGGGGAGCAGGAGGACUGCGCUGCGUGGCUGAUCAUCAAUACGUAUAUAUAUAUAUGCAUUAUUUGAGCACUUAUUGAAC